AUGCCAACUGAAACAGAGCCUUACUCUUCUUCCAUGCUAGAGACAUACUCCGUCCGCACAGCAGCAAAUACAUCUUCUUGUUUCCUCUCACGAAUCAAACCACAUAUGAAACCCCUCGACGUUGGCUGUGGACCUGGAUCUAUCACAUUAGAUCUAGCUACCUACGUCCCAAACGGAACCAUAACCGGCAUCGACAGAAAGGAGAAAGCGAUUCAAUCCGCAAGACAACUCGCUCAGACACGCAAAAUCCAAAACAAGCUUCGAAAAUCGGCGCCGUAG